CCCCCCCAACAACCCAAACCUUGCACUGCUCAUCGAUUUCUCUUCCUGACGGCGACAAUGGCGUCGAAGAACAGCAAGCUCUCGGUGUCGUCGGUGGCGGUGGCGCUGGUGGCGCUGAUGGUGGUGGUGGUCGGCGCCGUCGUCGCGGCGGCUGCGGGCGGCGAGGAGUACUACGGCGGCGUCGCGCGCGCGGCGGAUGGGUGCGAGCCGGGGCAGGGCGUGGUGCCCAAGGACCCGCUGCCGGGGUGCCGGGCGUACCUGCUGCGGCGGUGCGGCGGCGGCGACCCGCCGGGGGUGCGGGCGCGGUGCUGCCACCAGCUGAGGGAGGUGGCGGCGCGCUGCCGCUGCGACGCGCUGCGCGCCAUGGUGGAGGUGCUCGUCGAGGAGGAGGAGGCGCCGCUGGCGUGCAAGAAGGGGGCCAUGGCCGCCAUCGCCGAGGGGCUCCCCGGGCGCGACGAGUGCGACCUCGACACGCGCGCCGACGACGGCGGAUCGCGCCGUUGCCACUUGGUGAUUAAUUGAUAUCUGAUGCUGUUUAAUGAUAAAUAAUAAUCGCCAUUGUUAUAUUCUAGAUUAUUUAUUUAUCAAACGAAUAAAAUGAUUAUGGUCGCGUGCUAUGCUUGUUCUUGCAACGGUGUGUAAUUAUCAUGUGAUGGGCAAUAAAGAGCAGGUGAUGAGUAGUAUUUCAUAUU